UCUGCGUCGUCUGUAGCAUGACAACACGUACGCACAUCACGAACGUGCGUUCUGCCGUCUGCGUCGUCGUGUAUGAAACAUGGAGUGGCGAACAGUGGUAGUGAUAGUGCUGAUCGUGAGUCUUUGCUUCUUUAUCGUGCCGAUCAAAGUAGAUUUCAAUAAAACUGUGAAGGAUGCGGAACUGUUCGCGAACUACAUAGCCCGAUAUAAUAAAUCCUACAAGAAUGAUUCCGCGAAAUAUGUAGAGCGAUUCGAGCGUUUUCAGAAAUCAUUGCGACAUAUCGAAAAGCUAAAUAGUUUACGAUCGUCGCAAGAAAGCGCAUACUACGGGCUGACAGAAUUCUCCGAUUUAUCCGAUGAUGAAUUCAUGGAACAAGCGCUAAUUCCCGACUUACCUUUACGAGGGCAAAAACAUACAACAGCGUCAUAUUAUCAUCAGCAUUCUACGGACUCAGUUAAUCGUAUGAAAAGAAUGAUACCAAUAACGGACAUACCCUCUAAGUUUGAUUGGCGAGAUAAAGGGGUCGUAGGAUCAGUUAUGAACCAAGAGAAUUGCGGCGCUUGCUGGGCGUUCAGCACUGUCGGGGUGGUUGAAUCGAUGUAUGCCAUCAAAAACGGAACUUUGCAUUCCUUUAGUGUGCAGGAAAUGAUCGACUGCAUGCCAGGCAAUUUCGGAUGCCAGGGCGGUGACAUAUGCAGCUUACUCUCGUGGUUGUUGGCCUCAAAAACAAGAAUUAUAUCUGAGACCGAUUAUCCUCUCACAUUGCAAACCGACACGUGUAGAUUGCAUAAAAUUUCCGCGAAGACGUCGGGAGUUAAAGUAACGGAUUUCACAUGCGACAGCUUUGUAGACGCGGAGACUGAACUUUUGACGUUGCUCGUUACUCAUGGACCCGUGGCGGCUGCCGUGAACGCCAUAUCUUGGCAGAAUUAUUUAGGUGGCAUAAUACAGUAUAACUGCGAUGGUUCGUUCAACAGCUUAAAUCAUGCGGUGCAGAUAGUGGGAUAUGACACGGAAGCGCGUAUACCGCAUUAUAUCAUAAAAAAUUCGUGGGGACCGUCCUUUGGCAAUAAAGGUUACAUUUUUAUUGCGGUUGGCAAGAAUUUAUGUGGUAUAGCCAAUCAGGUCUCCUCGUUCCAAGUCGUUUAAUCAAUCAAAGAAUGUUAAAUUACAGCGUUUUCAAUUUCUGACGAAAUAAAUUGAAAAGUGCUGUGAAAAGAAU